UCUUGUCGCAGUGCUUGUCCUCAGCCGUGUUUGGACUACCAGAAAAAAUGGCCAGCAAGUUAACACAGGAGCAGAUCACAGAAUACAAAGGAGUUUUCGAGAUGUUCGAUGAAGAGGGAAAUGGAGAUGUGAAGACACUGGAGCUGGAGAGGCUGAUGAGUUUAAUGGGGAUCAAUCCUACAAAGAGGGAGCUCAGCCAGAUGGCCAAAGAUGUGGACAAAGAUGGUAAAGGGAUAUUUAACUGUGACAGCUUCCUGGGUCUGAUGGCACUGUACCACGAAAGAACCAAGAACCAGGACACUGAACUCAGAGCUGCUUUUAAAGUAUUUGACAAAGAGGCUAAAGGAUAUAUCGACUGGAACACACUCAAAUAUGUCCUGAUGAAUGCCGGGGAACCACUUAAUGAGAUCGAGGCAGAGCAGAUGAUGAAGGAGGCAGAUAAAGAUGGAGAUGGAACCAUUGAUUAUGAAGAAUUUGUGGCCAUGAUGACUGGGGACUCUUUCAAAAUGAGCUGAAGGACAUGUGGAUAUUCUGCAACUGUUGUGAACAUGUGUUACACAAUAAUAAAACAAGACAAGUACUGUCUAGUUGUACAAAUGGAAAUGUGUGCAAAUAUAUCUGUGUGAUUUGUGAAUAACUG